UUCUCAACUUUUUCGUUCAGUUUCCUCUUUCUUCACUGCCUCUCUAGUCUCUAUUCUCUAAGUCCAGGGAACUGAAAUUCUCCGAAAUCACUCACAAAUUUCCGUGGCUGGAUCCGAUUUAAGUGAAGGGAAUACAUAUCAAAUAUGAGGAAUUCAUGGAUUUUGUUGAUGGAACAUUGCAUCGUCAUGCGUCAAAUGUAGAAAAGUUCUUUCUCCACAGGGGUGUCGAGUUGAAUGAAUCUCGGGUUCAUUCUUGGAUCUGUUCUGCAAUAAAGGGUAACGUUAAAGAGAUCAAGCUAUACUUAGACCAAGAACACCCCUUGUUUAUCCCCCUGUCUCUUUUUACUUGUGAAUCACUGAUAUCGUUGCAGCUACAAACUUACCCUAGUAUCCGCCUUCCUAAAUAUAUCUCUUUUCCGAGACUCAAGUGCCUUGAAAUUGCUGAUUUUGUGUUCAGCGAUAGAUCGUGGAAUGAAGAACUCUUUUCCAAUUCUCCAGUCCUUGAAGAAUUGAUUCUGGACCACUGUAAAUAUCGUAUAAGGAAUUUCUGUAUCUCAAUUCCUACACUGAAGCUCUUGAGAAUUGAUAGGGACUUCACGCUAAAUGAUUUAAAUGACUGUGCUCUGAAAAUUGAUGCCCCAAGUCUUGUGACGUUCACCUACUCGGCUAAUGUUGCAAAACAGUAUGUCUUAUCUAGCUUUCCAACACUGGUGGAAGCAGUCGUUUGCUUAGACUCUCCAAACAAUCUUGCAGAGAUAAGUAGGUUACUUCAAGCCCUUGCACAUGUAAAGUGUCUAACUGUCAAUGAUCUAACCCUACAGGCUAUCUGCUCUGCAUACGACCUGUCAAACAAUUUGCUGACAUUUUGUAAUGUCAAAAUGUUGAAAAUAUCUGAUAUAUUAACCACUGAUCAAGGACUAAUUGCUUUGCUCAAAGCAGUACCUACCCUGGAGUCACUUGAGUUUGUCGAGUAUUUUAGUGAUGAAGAAGAAAAUUCCGAGGUUGAUGAAGACGGCAAUGACGAUGCUGAAGGAGAUGGGAAUGAUGACAAUGAAGACGAAGGAGAUGUCUCUGACACUGAUAGUUGGCCGCUCGAUAUUGUGACUACUGGAUGCUUAUUUCCACACCUUGAAUCAGUUUGCUUUCGCGAAAUUGUUGGGAAUCCAAGGGAGUUGAGGUGGGUGAAACUGAUUUUGAGGAACGCUAAAGCUUGGGAAAUGAUGACUAUUCGUUACUAUAAUACUGAUCUACACUUUGUGAAUGCGAAAAGUGAAAAAGAACUUAUGGUAGACAUACCAAGUUUUCCAAGAGCCUCAGCAGAGUCUAUGACCUGGAAAUCUACAGCAACAGGAACUUAAUGAAAUUUCGUAGGGUUAGCCUCAAUUUCGCUGCAUGCCCACUCACAUUGAAAGGUUUUCAGUCAUACAAAAUGAUAGUUUCUUGACUCAAAGAGUUCGAUGAAGACACUGCACUGCGAGUUUACGACGACAGUGAAAAGUUCAUAUUGGUGAAGUUUCUAAUCAAGUAAGAGAAUAAAGUUUCUGAAUUGCUGAAGAAUUAUAAAGGAAUGAACUUGGCGAAGUUGUGAAGAUGGAGAGCGAUUCUCCUGGCUACAGAGAAUCCCGUGAAAGCGAAGUAGUGAAUAGGCUAACUCUCUAGGUCAAUUGAACCACACAAGGCAUGAGAAAUUCAGAUGAUCUAUUCCAAUUAGAUAAUAAACCUCCUGAACUAAUUAGUUCUGACAUUAGCAUUGUGGUGCCUCCAUGCAGCGACAACAGUCCUCGGGGUUCUUUUCUCGGUAUCCUGGAUGAUGUAAAAGUAGUUAGUAGAGACGGUGACUAAAAUUCUUAAGGUGCACGCAGCCUAGCUCCAAAGAUACGACAUUCUUUAGGCAACCACCACACACUGGAGAUCAUAGGAUAAGGAAGCUCCUGGCAUAUAAACACUGUGAAGUAGCACCAAAAUUGAAGGGUGGGGAACAUUCUAGAUCUGAUAUGAAGCUUGUUCUCUGCAAUAGGUGAAAUGGCUCCAGCUGCCAAAGGUCUCAGAGGAACUGUCCUUUAAAGUGGAUAAAGGUACAGGGACAUAUAUCAGUAUUGACUGAUGAAAGAUGGAUUAAUAAUGGGAGCAUUUCUCAGUUCCUGGAGAAAGGUGUCAAUGGAGACACUGUUGGUGCAGGUACAGGUGCAGCCGAGCAUAAUUUUCAGAUUCUAUUUAAAAGUUAUCCUCCCAAUCCAGGGAUUCUCAUCAUAGAAGAUCCACACUAGUGGUGUUUCAUUUUCCUUGAGUUGUUUGACAUCUGAGGUCUGGUACGUAUUUCUUCAUCUACCCAAUGUCGCUUGGCCCCAAAACUCUUUAAUGAGAUUCCUGAAACCUGAACUGUUGGUUCACUAAAGUUACGUGAAAUUAUGUCCUUUGCAAAGGUAUGGCAUUUGUUCAUUAAAGAAUUCUUUUUCUUUGAAUAUCAUAUUCUGAUGCCUAAUGCACUAAGUUCAGUAAAAACUAAACGUACUCAUGGUUCUGUAGAAAGUGCAAAAGUAGGUGGAUUGUAAUAUCUAUAACCCUUUUAGCUUAUAGAGCUCUUGAUGCUUUUGAAGACCAUUUGUAAGUUGAACGUCCAGUAAAUGGUGGUUUUUUAAGCACUUCUAGGAUGGAAGAAGAUCGUCUUUUCUAUUAUCAUAAAAAUCUGGAGCAUUGGUCACAUCCCUAGCUGUGUUCAGUUGAUUGUCUGUCGGGGUUACCAUUGUUCUUCAAUCUGGCAUAUAUGCUGAUCUCCUUGAGUCACUACUGAUCUUUUCCCGUUUCGGAUUCUUUAACUUCAUGUCAUUUUCUAAUCUUCUCGUUGUUGAUUUCUUGUGGAGGACUAUAAUUGAGGCUGUAGCUGCUAUUCUAGGAGGACGACUUUUUGUUGCUGUAGUUGUCAAGGGAAACAAGGAUAGGGACGAUAACAAAGCUCUAUUGCAGACUGUAUACCUUAUGUAGAUAAGCUUGAUAGUUUGAGUUUUUCACUGGUGCCGAACCAUGCAGAUGUGCAUCCAGCUCUGCACCCUGGACAUCCUUCAUGAAUCACGACCGAUGCCUUCUGAGUCACCGCUGAAUUUACUAGGAAUCCACCAGUCCUAAUGCGGAUGCAGAGACAGAGAUAUUUGGUGACUCACUGUAUCCUCCAGUGACCAGUCUGGAAAAUUAUAUUGACAGCGAAAACGGCUCAGUUUAUCUCUUAGUGGCAUUUCAGCUGGUAGAAUGAAUCGCAUAAGAUUUCACAGCUCUUGAUGCUGCCCCACCAGUCUGCUGGCAAUGAUUCAUAUGCAUAUGAAAUCAAAGAGCGUCAUCACAGAAGAAUCCUACUUGGCUGUUGGCACCGUGGUUUCGUAAAUAUCAUUGCAAAAAGCAUUUGAAUUCUCGUCCAAGUGAAGCAAGCUGAAGCCCAAGGGUAUCUUCUUUUUUUUUUUUUUGAAGCUGAAAAUUUCAUUGAUUAAAUGUCAGAGAUUACAUGAUUGGCAUCCUCAUUUAGUUGAAAUAGGAUGUCAUCAGGGAUGGACAGAAUCCAUACACUACUUAAGCAAGCAAUUCUAACUAAUUUUGCUAAUCUAUC